AUGGAGGAAAUCAACAUUGCCGUAAUUGGCUCCAAUGGCGUGGGCAAGUCCCAUUUCAUUCAGAGGGCAAUGUCCCUGCCGCGUGUUCCAGGACCACAUCCUACCACGGCUCGAAUUCAGAUCGACAACAUGUCGUUCGCCGUCCUGCUAUUCGAGCUGGACCUCGAAUACUUCGAUGUUGACCCGGAGAGGCAGAUCAAAUGGCCAAAGCAGAUUGGUGGUUCCAUCAUGCCUCGUGUUGACGGGGUGCUCCUUCUUUUUGAUGUCACCAGCAGCGACAGCAUUGCUGAACUACCUCAAACCUCAAGUGCUCUCGUGAAUUCAUCUCUGCCAACAGUUCUCGUUGCCACUAAGUGUGACAGCCCUGAAGACGAGAGGCAAAUGGAGAUCGAAUCCGUUGCAGCUGCAUGCCCAAGCUGCCUUGCGACUUUUGGGACAUCAGCUCACAAGCCGGAGAGUGCGAGACUCGCACUUUCUACUCUAAUUCGAGCUCUCUCCGCCGGGCGCCAGGAUCCUGACAAUACGGAUUUACCUGGAGGGCAGCGCCGCCGAGCUGCUUCUGCGGCUCAUCUCGAUACACCCGUUGAAGCUGUUAACAAUCGUCCAUUAAGUCAGCACAGCAGACACAGUCGUGCGAGCUCAGACAUGUCACUGUUAAAGGGCAUUCCGCUGCCGUCAGGCAUGGAGUAUCGCAGCCUUUCAAAAUCACCUCGUGUCGAAUAUCUGGCUUCACAGUCCUCAAACCAGUCAACAGAGAGCGUGGACGAGGUUCCCGUGCCGUCAGUCUCUCACAUGCUGCGCUCGCCUGGCGUGAGGCUAGACAGCACCCGACAUGUAAACUCCUUCUUGGAUGUCGAGGAUUCUGAUGCGGAUUCACUACGAUACUCUGACGAUAUUCCGAUACUGCAACGUAAUGACGAGAUGGUUUUCAACCAGCCAGCAAAGAAGACUGGCGUGACCUUCGAUGAGCUUGUCGAUAGACUGAUUGCGCCGAAAUUCUCAAGGGCAGACAGCAACUUCAUGGAUGUCUUUCAUUGUCUGUAUCGCAAAUUCUCGACUCCGAACAUGCUGUUCUCGGCUAUUCUGUCUCGUUUGGACCGAGCCAAAGAUGACAAGUCCGUUCACUACCUGACCAAGGUUUCAAACCAAUUGAGAAUCAUUGAAGUCGUGGCGAAGUGGGUCUCGGCAUAUCCUGGGGACUUUGCGCGUCCGAGAAUGAGGAGAAGUCUAGAGGAUUUUAUCCGGCAUCUCUCAACAGAACCUAUAUUUGCAGCGGCAGCACAGCAGAUGAGACGAACCCUGAGCCAAAGCGUGCUCGAGGACGAUGAGACCGGCUGGAUGCCGUCCAACGACGGAGAUGAGGCAUACAUCAGUCCGGAGGCUUCUCACAACCUGUCUGUUGUGGACGGCAUGGGUGCGCUGGCUGUGGACGAUGGUGCAGAGCGCCGGCCGUCUGCAAGCUCGUCGCUCUACACGGAUGCCGAUGCUGCUGGCAAGAAUCAACAUUUCCAGUUCCACACUCCUGAGGACUACGAAAGGGAGGCUGCGACAAUGGAGCCAACGUAUCACGUGCCACUCACAAAGCUGCGUUACCAUAUGCUCAUGGAGACAUCCGACGACGAUAUCGCCGACGAACUGACGAAGAUCGACUGGGUAAUGUUCUCGUCUAUUCGCAUACGGGACCUUGUCCGGCAUGUGAGCCUUUCCACAGAACAAAAGGGAAAGUGCAAGAGUGCCCGAAACGUCAACCGCAUGAUCGCGCAUUUCAACCACAUUGCGCAGUGGGUUUCUAACCUUAUUCUCAUGAGGGACAAGGCGAAGCAUCGUGCACAGAUGCUUGAGAAGUUCAUGAACAUCGCGCUCAAGCUACGGCAGCUCAACAACUACAACAGCCUGGCGGCCGUCAUUGCUGGUAUCAAUGGCGCGGCAGUACACCGGCUGGUGCAGACAAGGCAGCUGGUCUCCGAAGCAGUGCAGAAGCGAUUUGCGAGACUCGUUCUACUCAUGGGUACGCAGAAGAGUCAUUUUGCAUACCGGUUAGCGUGGGAAAACUCACCACUACCAAGAAUUCCAUUCAUGCCGCUACAUAGACGGGAUCUGGUUUCGGCCGAGGAAGGUGGCAUGACCUUCGUUGGCCCACAAGGUGACCGGAUCAACUGGAAGAAGUUCGAGGUUUUGGGCGAAGUGCUGCUACCUAUCAUGAAGAGCCAGGGUUUCCCAUACCCUAAUCUGACCAAGCAUGAUACCGCAAGGGAGCUCAUCCUGGACUGUCUAAUGCCGACAGAUGAGGAGGAAAUAUACCAGCGUAGUAUGCAGGUUGAAAGCUCUGCAGGUGCCGCGCUCGAUUCAUCGAAGAAGAAGUUUCCUUGGUUCGCCAAAUAA